AAAAACAAACAUACGGUAUCAGUUUGGUCAUUUUCCGGCGAACCUUGGCCAGUGGCCACCGCGGCACCUUUCAACUCUCAAGUGGAGGGAGCAUAUGUAGGAUAACAAUAAGUGCAACGGAUAUUUUGGAAUGUGCCGUGUUCUCUUUCGUACGGCCACAUCAACCAGAUUCGCUCCCUCCUAACUUCCUCCUCCAUAUAUACAACAAUGAUGUCUUCAACCGAACAGUCACUCCGCCAUCGCCAUUCCCUCCUCUCGGAACUUACAUCCAUGGUUAAGUUCUCGAAGCAGUUCGAAGGCAGGCUCGUUCCCGAGUGGAAAGACGCCUUCGUCGAUUACCGCCAACUCAAGAAGGACCUCAAGAAAAUACACCCUGCUACCAAUGCUGAACAUACCACCACUUCUUUCGUCGAUAAGGUCUCGUCUGCGAUCGGGAAUUUCUCUUUGUUCAGUCAUCAUCGGCGUCAUGACCGCGGUCUCAUUCAAGUUCACAAGAGACUGGCCGCUUCGACUAGCAGAGGAGAUUUAAUAUAUGAGACGGAAUUGCUAGAGCAGUUUGCCGAUACUGAUGCUGCCAAGGAGUUUUUUGCAUGCUUGGACUUGCAGCUUAACAAAGUGAACCAAUUUUAUAAAACAAAGGAGAAAGAGUUUUUGGAAAGAGGGGAGUGUUUGAAGAAGCAAAUGCAGAUUCUAACCGAGCUCAAAUCUAUUAUCAAGCAACGCCGCCGAGGCGGUUCCGCCCCGGACGAGGAGGAGGACGCUUCCAUUUCCUGCACUAUCUCAUGUGAAGAGGACUCUGUCAAAGACAGAACGGAACAAGAGCAGCUGCAGCAAGACGGCUGCACCAAUGAAUCGGAUAAAAAUGAAGUGUCCUCUUCAGACUCUCCGAGAUCAGACUCGAUGUUGAAAUCGACAAGUAUCAAUAUGAAAAGAGAGAAAGGGAGAUUAAGAUUACUCUCCGAUUGUGUUUUCAGCUUCCAGGGAAAGAACUUGAGAAUAAACAUCCCUCUCACGACGCCUUCUCGUACCUUCUCGGCUAUAAGUUACCUAGUUUGGGAUGAUUUAGUUAACCAGUCCUCGAAGAAAUUAGGACCCGAAAGGGGUAAGCUGUACAUCAACAAGUCCAAGCUGCACUAUGCCGAGAAGAUGAUCAAAGGAGCUUUUGUAGAGCUAUAUAAAGGAUUGGGUUACCUCAAAACUUACAGGCACUUGAACACGCUUGCUUUUAUAAAAAUUCUGAAGAAGUUUGACAAAGUUACGGGAAAACUAGUUCUUCCCAUUUAUCUUGAAGUAGUUGAGAGUUCCUAUUUCAACAGCUCGGAUAAGGUAGUGAACUUAUCAGAUGAAGUUGAAGAUCUAUUUAUCAUGCAUUUUGCAGACGAAGAUCGCAGGAAGGCUAUGAAAUAUCUCAGACCGCAACAGCGUAAAGAAUUGCAUUCUGUAACCUUCUUCAUUGGACUCUUUACUGGGUGUUUCGUGGCCCUUCUUGUGGGAUACAUCAUUAUGGCACAUCUCACCGGGAUGUACAGAAGACAACCGGAUUCAAUCUAUAUGGAAACAGCCUACCCUGUACUUAGCAUGUUCAGUCUAUUUUUCCUACACUUCUUUUUGUAUGGUUGCAACAUUUUCAUGUGGAGAAAAGCUCGUAUCAAUUACAGCUUCAUCUUCGAGUUAGCUCCCACCAAGGAGCUUAAGUACAGAGAUGUGUUCUUGAUCUGUACUACUUCAAUGACUGCUGUUGUUGGAAUCAUGUUUGUUCACUUGUCACUGGUUAGAAAAGGGAACUCAUACGCACAGGUUCAAGCGAUCCCUGGUCUCCUGUUACUGGUCUUCGUAUUAUUGCUAGUUUGCCCUUUCAAUAUCUUCUACCAUUCGAGUCGUUAUCGUUUCCUUGGUGUGAUACGGAAUAUAAUUUUAUCACCUCUCUAUAAGGUUGUCAUGUUGGAUUUUUUCAUGGCUGAUCAACUUUGUAGUCAGGUGCCGAUGCUAAGGAACCUCGAGUAUGUGGCUUGUUAUUACAUAACUGGAAGCUACAAAAAUCAAGACUACGGAUAUUGCAUGAGAGCCAAGCAUUACAGAGAUCUUGCUUAUGCAGUGUCCUUUCUACCCUAUUACUGGAGAGCUAUGCAGUGUGCUCGGCGGUGGUUUGACGAAGGACAGACAAAUCACCUUGUCAAUCUAGGUAAAUAUGUAUCAGCAAUGUUAGCAGCGGGGGCCAAAGUGGCCUAUGAGAAAGAAAGGAGUAUCGGAUGGCUAUGUCUUGUAGUUGUCAUGUCGAGUGUUGCAACGGUUUACCAAUUGUAUUGGGACUUUGUAAAAGACUGGGGUUUGCUUCAGUUGAAUUCGAAGAAUCCUUGGCUACGAAACGAACUAAUGCUCCGUCGAAAGUUCAUUUACUACAUCUCUAUGGGAUUGAACCUUAUCCUCAGGCUGGCAUGGCUGCAAACAGUUGUCCAUUCGAGUUUUCAAAACGUCGACUACAGGGUAACCGGACUGUUUUUGGCAGCACUCGAGGUGAUCAGAAGAGGACUGUGGAAUUUCUACAGGUUGGAGAAUGAGCAUCUAAAUAAUGCAGGCAGGUUCAGGGCAGUCAAGACCGUGCCACUUCCCUUUCAUGAAGUAGAUGAGGAAGAGUGAUGCUCAUUGACAAAAGGUUGAUCUCGGAAUUCGAUUUGGGUCAACUCACAUAAUUCUUUUAUCAACAGAAUUUUCAAGGUGGAACCGUAUCAUUGUUGUCGUCGUAGUUACUGUUGUAGUUUUUGUUAUUCAUUACCAAGGCAUAAAGAUGCUCGUUAUUGUUCCAAAGAAAUCUGAGAACAGUUUAUACUUGUAGAAAAAUUCUUCAACAAGCAAUAGAAAAUUGAUGCAAGU